CCGUUAUCCUCUUCAAGAUAACAGGGAAUGAUGCAGAUGCUGCUACGGCGCAGCCAUCUUCCCUUUUACUUCUGGCUAGGCAGUUUAUCAUUGCUAUGCUUGUGAUCGACACUUGGCAAUACUUUAUUCAUCGGUAUAUGCACCUCAACAAGUUCUUAUACAAGCACAUCCAUUCUCAACAUCAUCGUCUUAUCGUGCCUUAUGCGUAUGGAGCUCUGUACAACCAUCCACUAGAAGGUCUUCUCUUGGACACCAUUGGUGGUGCUUUGUCUUUCCUCUUCUCUGGUAUGUCUCCGAGGACUGCCAUCUUUUUCUUCUCCUUUGCUACCAUCAAAACAGUGGAUGAUCAUUGUGGACUAUGGCUUCCGGGAAAUCCAUUUCACAUCUUCUUCAGUAAUAAUUCUGCUUAUCAUGAUGUUCACCACCAGCUCUACGGUAGCAAAUACAACUUCUCUCAGCCGUUCUUUGUCAUGUGGGAUAGGAUUCUCGGUACUUACUUGCCUUAUUCACUUGAGAAAAGAGCCAACGGAGGUUUUGAAACACGGCCAAUCAAAGUAUCCAAAGAUGAGUAGUUUUCUUCUCUUUCUUCAAGGGAUUCUUAUCAUCACUUCGUUAAAGAGAACCACUGUAACCUUUGCGUACUUGUAACUGUACAUACACUUCCAAUCUAUCCUUUUCUCAAUCUGCAUGCGGGCAUAUGUUUCUGUGUAAGCUAGCAGUAAAUUCGUUUUGUAAUAGCCAAGACUUCAGAUCUUCUCUCUUGUUAUUAUCUACUUUAUAAUUUCAGGUUUUGAGACCUUUUAGUGUCUCACUCACUCA